GUUGGUCUAACUUCUGUUUCACGUUGCCUUGUAUCAGAUGGUAGAGGGAGACAAGAAAAAGCCUGCCAAGAAGAAGCACGGGAGCCGGAACCCGGUUCUGGCCCGGGGCAUCGGCCGCUACUCCCGCUCUGCUAUGUAUGCCCGUAGGGCCAUGUACAAAAGGAAGACCAAGACCACGGAAACCAAGAUUGAGAAAAAGAUUAAGGCAAAGCCCCAGGCCACCGUUAUCAAGACUGUUGGAGGAGAUAAGAAUGGUGGCACUCGUGUUGUCAAGCUGCGCAAGAUGCCCCGCUACUACCCAACAGAGGAUGUUCCCCGUAAACUGAAGAGCCAUGGAAAGAAGCCCUUCAGCCAGCACAAGAGGAAGCUGCGUGCCUCCAUCACCCCAGGAACUGUCCUCAUUCUGCUCACGGGCCGCCAUCGUGGAAAGCGUGUCGUAUUCCUGAAGCAGCUCUCAAGUGGUCUCCUACUUGUCACUGGCCCUCUUGCCUUGAACAGAGUCCCCCUGCGCAGGGCUCACCAGAAGUUUGUCAUUGCCACCAACACCAAAAUUGACAUCUCUGGUGUGAAGAUCCCCAAAACUCUGAAUGAUGCCCACUUCAAGAAGAAGAAGCUGAGAAGGCCCCGUCACCAGGAGGGAGAGAUCUUUGAUACAGAGAAAGAGAAGUACCAGCUGACAGAGCAGAGGAAAUUGGAGCAGAAGGCUGUAGAUGCUCAGCUCCUGCCUCUCAUCAAGAAGGUACCUCAGCUGAAAGGGUACCUGCACUCUUGCUUCUCCCUGUCUAAUGGUGUCUACCCACACAAGCUGGUUUUCUAAAUGUGUUGUAAUAAAGAGUACCACCCUGUAA